CGGAAACCCGAAGCUUUCUUUUCCAUCUCAAUCAGUUUCUGAGACCUGUUGUUUGAGUGUUUGCAGAGCUUAGAUCCGUGGAUUUCAAAGAGGAAGAUAGAGUUUAGCUAGCUGGAGAAGCAUAUAGUUGUUGAGCUCAAAGAACAAGGAUGGCAGAAGAGUAUAGUGUGCCUCUGUUGAAGAAGAAGUACUAUAAGGACUGCCCAGGAUGCAAGGUUGAUCAAAUGAAGGAACUGCAGCAAGGCAUCCCAUUUCGGGAACUAGUCUCCAUUUGGAUUGUUGUGUUAUGCACUGCUCUGCCGAUAUCAUCUCUCUUCCCAUUCUUAUACUUCAUGAUUAGGGACUUCCACAUUGCAGAAAGAGAGGAAGAUAUUGGCUCCUAUGCUGGUUAUGUGGGCUCUGCAUUUAUGCUAGGGAGAGCUUUAACGUCUUUACUAUGGGGAAUAUUCGCUGAUCGUUACGGUCGAAAACCUGUAAUAAUAAUUGGAACUAUUUCAGUGGUUAUUUUCAACACUCUCUUUGGCCUUAGUGUCAACUUUUGGAUGGCUGUAAUUACAAGAUUCCUUCUCGGAAGCAUGAACGGCUUACUUGGACCGAUAAAGGCAUAUGCAGUCGAAAUUUUUCGAGCAGAACACCAAGCCUUAGCCCUGUCAAGUGUUAGCACAUCCUGGGGCAUAGGAUUAGUCAUUGGCCCUGCUCUGGGAGGUUAUCUAGCUCAGCCAGCUGAGAAGUAUCCAAAUGUCUUUUCAAAAGAUUCAUUGUUUGGAAGAUUUCCAUAUUUCUUACCAUGCCUCAUCAUAUCACUCUUUGCCUUGGUAGUUACCAUUGGUGCUUGGUGGCUUCCGGAAACACUUCACAAACAUGACGACAUCGAUAUAUCAUCCGAUGAUUCAUAUGACGUUUUGGAAGCUGCAACUCAUGAAUCUAACACAAAGGAAAUAAGAGAAACGGUUGAAGGAAGAGAAUCCACUAGCCUCCUAAAGAAUUGGCCCUUAAUGUCAUCCAUCAUUGUUUAUAGUGUUUUAUCCCUUCAUGAUAUGGCCUACUCGGAGAUAUUUUCGUUAUGGGCUGUUAGCCCUAGAAAGUUCGGAGGCUUGAGUUAUUCAACGGAGGAUGUUGGACAAGUUCUUGCAGUCACUGGUUUUAGCCUUCUCGUCUUUCAAAGUUCCGCAUAUCCAUACGUGGAGAGGAUGCUAGGACCAGUAAUGGUGGCUCGUAUCGCAAGUCAUGCCUCUGUUGCAAAGUUAUUCUUGCAUUGCCAUGUUAUCCGGGAUCGCUCUUCGCUUGACAAUAAGCUGUGCAUCGAUCUUGAAGAGCCUUUUUUCGAUAUCGAUCCAAACUGGAUUAUUCAUUCUGCAAAAUCAAGCCGUGGAACAGCACCAAAGAGGAGCUGCCAAUGGCAUAGCCAUGACUGCAAUGUCAUUUUUCAAAGCAGUUGGUCCUGCAGCUGGCGGUGCAUUGUUUUCUUGGUCGGAAAAACGUCAAGAUGCUUCGUUCCUUCCAGGUAUGCAGAUGGUAUUCUUCAUGUUGAAUGUGGUUCAAGCCAUCGGAAUGCUGAUGACAUUCGAACCGUUUCUCGCCCAACCUCGGCAGUGCUAAAGAAAAGGGGUCCCAAAUGUCGGGAUAAUGAUCUCUUAUUAAAAGGAAAAUGCUCCCAAAGCUUUAAUCUCGACCAACGAAAGAACAAGCUUAAUGCAUUUUUUUGGAGUCCAUUCUUUCUUCUUUACUCUUAUCCGACAUUUAUGUUCGACGUGUAUUUAAACAUAGGUAUGAAAGUAAUAAUCGAAGCAGAACACACCUAUGUUGGAGAAACACGUUUGUUUGUAGGACUUGUCUGUGAAUCAAAUAACAUAGCUUCAAAAAUAUAAAUUGACAAAGCAGAA